AUGCCCGACUGGCGCGACGAGUACCUGGUCAAUCUUCGCGAAGCAGAGAGGAACAACCCUGUGAACAAGGAGCUUAUCGCAGCCUGUUCCCAGCUGGCCGAUCGCGUCGCUGCCCUCGAAGCCGAGAAGGCAGUCCUCCAAACAUCUAUGAACCCUGCGAAACUCACAACCGAAAAGGCGGGCAAGGCCCUAGUCGUGGAAACAACACCAAGCUCGGAUCCAAAUAUCGCCCAACUGAAGCUAGACUUGGCCGAAGCCCUGCGAGCGAAGGGGCAGCUACAGCACAAGCUGAAGACCACGGACGCGGAGCUGCAGAAGUUACGGACCAAGACGAAAGUGGAGGAUAAGCGGAUACAUGACUUGACGACCGAACGUAACGCACUUGCUUCAAGGCUGAAGGAUCGUAAUGAGGAGCUGGUGGGCAAGAACAAGAUGCUAAAGGAUAUACAAGACGAGAAUUUGACACUGAACAUCCAACUCAACGUUUCGGACCAAAAGGCGGCCAAAGUGGCGGCCGAGAACAAGGAGCUUGUUGAUCGGUGGAUGAAGAGAAUGGGACAAGAGGCGGAGGCAAUGAACCUAAACCUCGAGCACAGGAACGGGAGGUAG